CCCGCCCCCAGCUUCGCGCCCAGAUCGCCUCCUAGCUUGCUCGCGCAGCCGCUGUCUCAUCUCGUCUGCCCACCGACGAAGCAUGGGCGUCCAGGGCUUCCAAGAGUUCCUGGAGAAGCGUUGUCCUGGGGCCGUGGUGCCUGUGGACCUCCUCAAACUCGCGCGCACUGUAUCGCGCCAGCAGCAGCAGCAGCACCUGCACCGCCAGCUGCCACCGACGGCAGCCUUAGCACCUGGAGCUCCACGCGCCGCCAGGGGCUCUGCUCCUCUGCAACCACCGCUCCCGCCCGCAGCUUUAGGUGCCUACUCCGGGGGCGCGGGCCCGAAUCGGCACCAUCACCCUGCUCACCACUUCCACCACCACGGCCCAGCGCAGCCCGGGCUGCACCCGCCACUGCCGCCGCCGCCCCCUCCGCUGCCCGGGGCUCGAGUGCUUGUAGACGCGGGCUCGGCGCUUCCACGGCUCUAUGGCGGUUACCAGACGGAUUGGGUGUGUGGCGGCCAGUGGAACGCCAUGCUGGGCUACUUGUCAGCGCUGUGCCAGGCUUGUGCCUACCCCGGCGGCGACGGCCUGGAGCUCGUGGUCAUGUUCCCCGGGGGCCUGGGCAAGGACCGACUGGCAGAGUGGGGCCGUCGGUGCCAGGCCGAGCGGCAGACAGCGCAACUGAUCGUGGGACACGUGGGCAACAAGGGCACCCCUCCACCGCGGGCCUGGUUCCUGCCACCGGCCUGCCUGAGCCACUGCGUGAGGCUAGCACUCAUCCGCUUCCGGGUCAAGGUCUUUCAGAGCCUUGAAGAUCACCAUUUGGAAGUGGUGGCUUUUUUCAGGGAAAAUGGCUUUCAUGGCCUUCUUGCCCAUGACUCCGAGUAUGCACUCUACAAUAUUCCCUCUUACUACAGUUCCCAUGCUCUGAAACUGAGCUGGAAUGGGAAGAACCUUACUACUAAUCAGUUUCUGAUGCAGGAGGUGGCCAAGCAGCUGGGCCUCAAGCGGAUGAAUUUUCCCAUAUUUGCUGCACUGCUAGGUAACCACAUUCUCCCAGAUGAGGACUUGGCUGCUUUUCACUGGAGCCUCUUGGGACCAGAACAUCCUCUUGCAUCCCUUAAGGUUCGAGCUCAUCAACUGGUUCUUCCACCCUGUGAUGUGGUGAUCAAGGCUGUUUCUGAGUAUGUUAGUUCUAUCAAAGACCCUUCAAACCUGGAUGUGGUUGGGAAGGAUGUUUUCAAACAAUCUCAGUCCAGGACAGAAGAUAAAAUAGAACGAUUCAAGAAAGCAGUUGAAUACUAUUCAGUCACAACCAAACUCUCUUCACUGCCAGUGGGUCCCUCCUUUCUAGGCUUUCGAAAUAACCGUCUUGGAAAUCCUCCCCUUCCACGAAAUCAAAUGGGCACAAUUUCUGCUGGAAAGCCAAUGUUUUCUCACCAAGUGCCCCAGAAAAUGAAAUAUCCACCACCAUUCCCAAUGGGACCCAACUCAUCUCUUCUCUUCUCCCAUCCUCUGGGGGAUUCCCAUGCUUUUUCUGAGGAUCCCAUGCUGCAGGACAGCCCCUUUGCCAAUUGGGCUGUCUCUUAUGACUCCUCUGCAUCCCAGUUUCCCAAUUACCUGACUUCCAAAGCUUCACCUCCUUUGGGACCAGACUCUUCCCACUCCUCCUCCUCUGAUGGUGAUGAGCCAAAUGGAGCCAGUUCUGAUCACAUCACAGAAACUCUUCAGCAGCAGCCUGGUUGGGAAGAUCCCAAUGGUGACAGAGGGUCUUGGGUACAGCCUGUGGAUGCUGGAGUUUCAGAAGCCAGCCUAGGUGAUGGUGAGCCUCACAUCCCAUCUCUGCUGUCUAUGUCUACAAGGAACCACAUGGACAUCACAAUUCCACCCUUACCACCAGUAGCUCCAGAAGUCUUGCGGGUUGCUGAACACAGACAUCGAAGGGGUCUUAUGUAUCCAUAUAUCUAUCACGUCCUCACUAAGGGUGAAAUUAAGAUUCCCGUAUGUAUUGAGGAUGAGUGUAACAUGGAGUUACCUCCAGCUGCUCUCCUGUUCAGGUCAGCUCGUCAAUAUGUAUAUGGAGUCCUUUUUAGUUUGGCAGAGACACAGCGGAAAAUGGAACGCCUGGCCAUACGGCGGAGGCUACCUGUGGAAGUUCCUUCAGUGAUCCUUAAAGAGUGGUCCGCCUAUAAAGGGAAGUCACCUCAGACCCCUGAACUGGUGUCUGCACUAACAUUUCGGGAAUGGACUUGCCCAAACCUGAAGAAGCUCUGGCUAGGCAAAGCAGUUGAAGACAAGAACAGAAGGAUGCGAGCUUUCCUGGCCUGUAUGAAGUCUGACACACCCAGUAUGCUCAAUCCAGCUAAUGUCCCCACCCAUCUGCUGCUCAUGUGCUGUGUACUCCGCUACAUGGUUCAGUGGCCUGGUGGCAGAAUCCUGCAUCGCCAUGAGCUAGACACCUUUCUUGCACAGGCAGUGUCUACCCAGCUUUAUGAACCAGAUCAACUCCAAGAACUCAAGAUUGAGAAACUGGAUGCCCGAGGGAUUCAGCUUGCUGCCCUCUUCAUGAGUGGGGUCGACACAGCUCUCUUUGCAAAUGAUGCCUGUGGCCAGCCAGUCCCUUGGGAGCACUGCUGCCCCUGGAUUUACUUUGAUGGCAAGCUGUUCCAGAGCAAGCUCAUUAAAGCAGGCCGAGAACGAGUAUCCCUGGUUGAACUCUGCGAUGGCCAGGCUGACCUGGCAACCAAAGUGGAAAAGAUGAGACAGAGUAUCCUUGAAGGAGUCAACAUGAAUCAUCCACCACCUUCUGCUCUACUUCCAUCACCUACUUUUGUGCCUCCUAUGGUGCCCUCUCUGUACCCUGUUUCACUUUAUUCCCGAGCCAUGGGUUCAAUGCCACCUCCCCCUCAAGGAAGGAGCCGAGGGUUUGCAGGUCUCCAUCCAAUCCCACCCCAAGGAGGAAAACUGGAGAUUGCUGGUAUGGUGGUGGGCCAGUGGGCUGGCAGCAGAUCCUCCAGAGGCCGAGGAUCCUUUGGCAUGCAAGUGGUUUCUGUCGGUGGGCCAGGAAAGGGGCAUGGAAAAGAGCAGACUGGUAGAGGAUCCAAAGGACACAAAAAAGGAAAUAAACAAGGCUCUUCAGAUGGAAUUUCUAAAUCCCUGGAGCUUCGUCAAGGGCGGUCCCGCUCACAGGUAAACGGAAACAAUGGCACAUUGAUCAAGGAAGAGAAGAGUGAUCAUCGUCUUCCAGCUCCAUCACAAUGUGCCUUAUCCAGAGACAGCAACGUGUGUAAUAAUGGUAACCGCUGCCUCCCUGUGAAGAAUGGGGAGAAGAACCGCUUACAAGAGCAAAAACUAGAAACUGUGGCACAACGGAAAGAGGAAUGACAAGCUGAAGAUGGCUUCACCAGUCAGGAAGAGGGGAAAACUAUACUUUUCUGAUUCUAGGCCCAAGUUAGAGGAGGCUAUAAAUGCUUGCCCUAGAUUUAUCCAGGAUUUUGAUAAGAUAUCCUAUUGAAUUCAUCUAUUCCCCUUCUCUAUCUUAUUCUGGGUCCCCCGACCUAGGACCCAGGGAAUUUCUGGUUAAAGGUGAAUAGCAACAAAACUAGUUUCAAUUCUCAAAUUUAAUAUAAUAGUACCAAUAUUCUCUUUAUCUCCUCUGGGAGGCUAGUAAGGCAGUAACUGUCAGAAAGCAGGUGUUAUCAUGUAAAGUCCUAUAUAAAAGUUCCAGCUUUGGUUUUCUGAGUAUCUAUCAUGGCAUUCAUUUGCAGACUUACGUGAUAAACCUGUGGGGUCAAGGGAACAGCUGUCUAUGGCUUGCUCACUAUUUUUCCUCUAUGAAGUGAAGGGGCUGACCUUGAUAUAUAAUCAGUAUCCACUUCCUCCUCACUCUUUCUCCCACCUCACAUACCCCAGGAUUUUUGUAUACCACCUCUAACUCUGGCCUGACAAUCAGAUAGGUAGAUGUUUUCAGGGAAGUGAGUAGUAUUGGUUAUUUUAUUUUAUCUUAUUUUAUUUUAUUUUUUAUUUUAUACACUUAAAAAAACUACCAAUGGCCUUUGUACUGGGAGAUUCAAGUGAGUCGGAAAAGUACUGGGCAGAUUUUUCCUGCCUCUCAACCAGUGCAUUGUUUGUAAAAUAGAAGAUGUGGUGCAGUUCACCCACUCUCUGCUGCCCACACCCUGAAAGGGUGGGAAUCAAUGUUAUGAAACUGAGUACGAAAGGGACUCAAAAGACUCUGUGUGUAUGUGUGUGUGUAUGUGUGUGUAUGGGUGUGUGGGUGGGUGUAUAUAUGAAUGCGUGUAUCUAUAUGCAUACACAUACCCUUUAUAUAAAGAGACAGAUCUAUUUAUCUAUACAUAUUUUAUAUAUAUAUAUAUAUAUAUAUAUAAGUGUGUGUGUAUAUGUGUAUGCAUACACAUACAUACAUACAUGGUGAUGUCCCAGAAGAUUUACUGAAUUUCCCAGAAAUGCUUCCACUGCUAUGGAGUGGUGGGUUUCAAAAGAUCACACUUUAAAUCUAAAAUCCUUACUAAGUCACAGCCCAUUGCAAUUAUGAGAAGAUGGGCUACUCUAAAUCAGACACAAAGUACUCUCCAGAGAUUGCCUGUUCAGAACAACACUUGGGUUGUUACAAGCUUAAUCUUGAACAGAGCCCUCACAUCCCAUAUGGUGAAAACAGGAGGUUGGAAUGGGAUUGGGAAGAGUUGGGUGUUUCUUUAAGAAGGUUUAGAGAGAAAAGGAGGAUGGGAGGUAAUUACCAUUCGAAAGUGCUUUCAGCCAAUUUGAAGCAAAUCUCUUCUGGAACUCCAACAUCAAAUUGGCUUCAGGUGAGAAUAGAUAGACCUGAAAUCCCUGAAGGAGGGAAGACUAACAUUGGAAAGAUGGGGUAGGGAAGUGUGAGGAAAUUUGACAAUUUGAUUUUACAUGCCUAGAUUGUUUCAUUUGUUCAUUGACAUUUUGACUACCGGAUCUUUUCAUUUCCUUUGCAAGGAAGACUUCAGAGGACUCUGUCCUGGGCCUUGGGAAGCAUUCUGUAAAAGAUUCUUAGCCCCCCAUGUGGCUAGGAUCUGCCCAGGAUAAAGAGGCUGUUCCUCCUUGCUGGAGAUAAUCUUGAGACAACUUUACAUUUCCAGUUUCCCUCCUUGGACAGCCAAAAUAUGAGGGGUGGAAACAUGGCUUAUAACAAUUUAGCAUCGUAUCUUCAUUCAGGAAUUGAGGCUUCCAGCCUCACACACCUCCUUUUGGGCUUUAUGAUAUUCUUGCCCAAGAAGUACCAUUUCUACUAGACUAUAACUGACUAUAGACUUCUAGCAGGGUUCUCUCUUUUUGAAAAAAAAAAAAAAAACCCAUGCACCUUAACCCACAGCAGGUCCUUGGUGAUUUUAUUUUUUCAGACCAGAAGGCUGCUAAUUGCCCACUUACAAUGACAAUAUGAGAAAUUGAAAACAGUCUCAGACUGUUUAAUCCUAGUCUGGCCCAGUUUACUAGAAGCCACAAAUUGCAGAGGGAAGGAGCCCUGGAGUGCCUUGUCCCCUGCCCAGAUACUUCUUACAUAAACCAAAGAAGGAUGACAAGAGUGUACACCUUGCCAGAUAUAAGCAGUAACAAAGUGUACCAAAACCUCUUUGGAAUUAGCUCCCCUGAUUUAGUACCCCUUCUUCUCUUGGACCAUCCCAACCUUUUGCCAACAUCUUGAAGGUUAGGACUUCUGUAUCCAGCAAGGGAGGGAAUUUGUAGUAAAUUUAGGUGGCUUGGAAUUUUCUUUCUGAGCCACGGAGGGAUGAAUCCUUUGGAGCUCUAAAAGUAAUCAGAAUCACUGAGCUGUAA